AUGGCAGAAUCUCACAACUUUUGUUAUGGUUGGAGAUGGUCCUUUGCCAGUCGUGCGUUUUUUGCUUUGCCACUUCUUGUACUGUCUUUCGUUCUUAGUGAGACCCCGAGGUUUCUCAUUAAGAAAGGGAAUAUGGAGGAGGCAAAAGCAUCCCUUAAGAUGUGGAGUAAAUGUGGAGCAGAAGCAGAGCUGCAGAUGUUUGCAGGCAUGAUGGAAAAUGAAGGCAAGAGGAAAAGGAAGAAAUUGUCACACUCGCCCCUUUUACUUCUUAACAUAUUGGCUCAAAUUUUCCAGCAAGUGUUGGGUUUAGACUCAAUACUAUUCUUUGGACCAUUACUUCUGCAGUCAGCUAGAUACACCUAUAAUGCCUCAUUCGUCGUUCCACUCAGUGCCGAAAUUGUUCGAGCUGGAGUUGCUGGACUCACUUAUCUGAGUUACAACUUCUUCGGCUGA